UCAGAAUUGCAAGGUUUCUCGUGAGAGCUCACAAGUCACAAGCCAAUAAAUCCGACACCACCCCUUUAAGCAGCCAGCAUUCACGCAUUUCCUCCCCUUUAAUCUCGCACCCAUCAUCAUCACUCUAAAAUCUCUCUCGCAGCGUUCUCUGAACCAUUUUCUGUAUCUCCAACCCUUUUGGUUGCCUAGCCUAGAUACUUAACUACUCUUGGCUCCUCACUUCUGGGGUACUCCAAACUUGCAUUGCUUUCUCUGAUCUGGGAAUUUGAGAUUAUAUACAAUGAUGACUCUUCAUUCUCAUAAAACCCUUCAUCAGUUUCCCAGGUUCAGUUUUGAUUCUGUUAACUUUCUCUUGGGUCAUUUGGAAUAACUUGUGUAAUAUCAUAGUUAACUUCGAAUAUGGAUCACAACUGUCAGUCCUUUUCUUUGUAAUAUGUUUGAGUGAUCUAUACCUUACUGGGUUACUUAGUUUAGAACUCUAAAGCCUCUACUUUACUGGGAUUAGUGCUCCUCUGCUUCAUUUGUGAUCCACCAUCACCAUUUGUGAUCUUCUCAUCAUAAACCAUUUUGGGUGACUGAUUUGUGAUGGAUUCUUGCUGCGCAACGGUGAAAUCCAAUACCCAUAUGGGAAAAAUAAGUAAAAGUGGUCUCAACUAUGAAAUUAAUGGGUUUUGGGGAGAGAGAAUCAGAGGUAGUCUAAGCAACAAUCUUUCGUUUAAUCACUUAACAGAAAGUUGGAGACCUGAGAGGAAAGUGAAGAAGAACAGACCUCAAAUUGCUAUGUCUAUCAUCACAACAGAUACUGGCAAAGAGACUAAGACCAUUGAAGCACCCAGAUUUGAGAGACGAAGAGCAAACCCAAAAAAUGUGGCUGCCAUCAUAUUGGGUGGAGGUGCAGGGACUCAGCUGUUUCCACUUACAAGCAGAACUGCAACCCCAGCUGUUCCAGUGGGAGGAUGCUAUAGGCUUAUAGACAUCCCAAUGAGCAACUGCAUCAACAGCAACAUAAACAAGAUCUUUGUGCUCACUCAGUUCAACUCUGCUUCUCUCAAUCGUCAUAUAUAUCGUACAUAUUUUGGAAAUGGAGUGAACUUUGGGGAUGGAUUUGUGGAGGUUCUGGCGGCAACUCAGACACCGGGGGAAGCAGGAAUGAAGUGGUUUCAAGGGACUGCAGACGCUGUGAGGAAAUUUACAUGGGUGUUUGAGGAUGUCAAGAACAAAGAUGUAGACAAUAUAGUGAUCUUAUCUGGGGAUCAUCUCUAUCGGAUGGACUACAUGGACUUUGUGCAGAAUCACAUUGACCGAAAUGCUGAUAUUACACUCUCAUGUGUCGCAGUUGGGGACAGUCGGGCGUCUGAUUAUGGAUUGGUGAAGAUUGACAGCAGAGGCCGAGUCAUCCAGUUUGCAGAAAAACCAAAGGGUGCCAACCUGAAAGCAAUGCAAGCAGAUACCACUCGCCUAGGGUUGUCCCCACAAGAUGCUGCUAAAUCCCCAUACAUUGCUUCAAUGGGAGUCUACGUAUUUAAGACUGAUAUACUACUGAAACUUUUGAAGUGGAGAUACCCUACAGCCAAUGACUUUGGAUCUGAAAUCAUUCCUUCAGCUGUGAUGGAGCACAACAUUCAUGGAUAUGUAUUCAGAGACUACUGGGAGGACAUUGGAACGAUAAAAUCUUUCUAUGAUGCUAACUUAGCCCUCACAGAUGAGUUUCCAAAGUUUGAAUUUUAUGAUCCAAAGACACCUUUCUUUACGUCUCCCCGAUUCUUACCACCAACCAAAAUUGAUGGAUGCCGGAUAAAGGAUGCAAUAAUCUCUCAUGGCUGUUUCUUGCGAGAAUGUAUUGUUGAACACUCCAUUGUCGGUGAACGCUCACGAUUAGACCAAGGAGUUGAACUUAAGGACACUUUGAUGAUGGGGGCAGACUAUUAUCAAACAGAAUCUGAAAUUGCAUCUCUCCUGGCAGACAAUAAGGUCCCAAUUGGGAUCGGGCAAAAUACAAAAAUCAGGAAGUGCAUUAUCGACAAGAAUGCAAAGAUAGGAAAAGAUGUGAUCAUCAUGAAUAAAGAUGGUGUUCAAGAAGCAGACAGGCCAGAUGAGGGAUUUCAUAUUCGGUUGGGGAUCACCAUAAUAUUGGAGAAAGCAACAAUCAAUGAUGGAACAGUGAUAUAAUAUUGAGCUCUAAUAUCCCUGAACUUGUUAAAGGUGGAUAUGGGAGAAGCCAGGAAAUGUUGACUGGGGGCAUCCUGUUUAUUUGGCACUUGUGAUCCUAUAUCUAGCUUUGAAGCUUCGGUAACAGCUGAGAGAAGGUCUUGUAUAAAUUUGAGGCUGCACCAUACUGGCUGCUUUCUUUCCUUAUGGAAGAGUUCAUAUGUUAAAGAGAGUUGAAACUUCUGGGUGUAGGAAUGAUCACAACCACACAAUCAUAGCUUUUACUGAACUUUCUUGUUAAAUGAGAACUACAUGGUUUUAUACUUGAGCUGAAGCUUUAUACAACAUAUUCAAAUG